UGACUCUCUUUUUCUUAAUUUCUCGUCAAUGGAAGAUGCUCAGUCAUUCCCUCACUCUCCUUCCGAUAAUUUCAGCUAUCACGUGAAAGAUGGAGGAAGCUCCGCCACCGGCGGAUCGAGUAACGGAGCGAAGUACAGGCUUAUGUCUCCGGCGAAGCUCCCGAUCUCCAGGUCCACUAGUAUUACUAUUCCUCCAGGCCUCAGUCCGACGUCUUUCCUUGAAUCCCCUGUCCUUCUUUCCAACAUUAAGGCAGAGCCUUCUCCAACCACAGGUUCCUUUUUCAAGUCUCAAUUGAUGCAAGGCCCUGGUGAAGGAGCAGCAUUGUCAUUGGACAAACAUUGUUCCAGAGGCAAUGAUAUUGACCAAGGAACAACCAGCAGCUUCGAGUUUAAUUUUCACUCUGGAUCUAGUUCCGCACCGGGAUCAUCGUACAUGGGAGUGACGAUUCCUGCAGGUCUGAACAGGCAGCAGAUUGGACCCCGCAGUCAACUUCAAGACCAGCUGUUUUCACAGUCUUCGUCAAUUUCAUCUUUUGUUACGUGUCAGCUUCCAAGCUCGAAAGAUUUGAGAGUGUCUGCACCCACAACUGUGCAUACUUCAUCAGUUUCUGAUGCUGUUGACGAGUUCAGUUAUGGAGAUCAGUCCAAUACCCGCAUUCAAGUGUUGACUUCUGAUAAUAAAGAUAGUGUUUCCUUAGUAACAGGUGAGAGAACAUCUGAUGAUGGGUAUAACUGGAGAAAAUAUGGGCAGAAACUUGUUAAAGGAUGUGAAUUUCCUCGAAGCUAUUACAAGUGUACAUAUCCCAAGUGUGAGGUUAGAAAGUUUUUCGAACGUUCUCCAAGUGGGCAUAUAACAGAAAUCGUAUACAAGGGCUCACAUGAUCAUCCAAAACCUCAACCUGCCCGUCGAUAUAAUUCUGGUGCUCUUAUGUCCAUUCAAGAGGAGAAAUUGGACAAGGAUUUAUCAUUCACUAGUCAACAGGACAAGUUGAACCCCAAUACUCUGAGCAGUAGCGUGGAGCCAAAUAUAUCUCCAGUGCUGUCUCUUCAGCAAGCAAAUGAGGAUGGUCCAUAUGGGACAGGAGAAUUUCAGGCCAUUGAUGAAGAUGAUCCAUUUAUUAAGCGGAGGAAGAUAGAGGAGGAUCUUGAUGUUACACCAGUGGUUAAACCCAUUCGUGAUGCACGUGUUGUUGUUCAAACUGUGAGUGAAGUUGAUGUACUAGAUGAUGGAUAUCGUUGGCGUAAGUAUGGGCAGAAAGUGGUCCGAGGAAAUCCGAAUCCCAGGAGUUAUUACAAGUGCACAAAUGCCGGAUGCCCAGUGAGGAAGCAUGUCGAAAGGGCAUCCCAUGAUCUCAAAGCAGUUAUAACUACAUACGAGGGCAAACACAACCAUGACGUCCCGACUGCCAAGAAUAGUAGCCAUGAAUUUGCAGGAACCACGCCAUUUAGUGGGACUUUGAUAAUGAAACCAGAAGAUAAAGGCUCAGUUAGCCUUGAUCUUGGGGUCGGAAUUAGCCAGAAUCAAGCUAAUCAGCAGCUGCACAACUUGAAUGGUCAAACUGCACAAAGCCAAAUUCCACCUAGUGAUUCCAGUAUGAUGAUAAUUCAACCAUCACAACUCUCUCGAUAUGGUUUUGUAAAUGGUGGGUUGAAUCUGAAUGGAAAUAGAGAAAAUCACGUUGAAGGGCAUAACUUUCAGAGUCAGCCUGUACACGCUUCUAGCCAAUGUCCACAAAAUAUUGGAAGAAUUCUUAUGGGUCCAUAAAAUUAUACCUGAAUAUUGAUAAAAAUAUAGAAAUAACAAAAUUACCAAUUUUAUUUUCCCGUUCUUUUCUUAAUGAAAGGUGAAUGGCUGUAUUUAAGGGUGAAGUAGUUUCGAAUGUUUACGCAUGAUACGCGCACAUUUCAAUUCUUUCAUUUUCUGCUUCAUGUAUAUGUUCCAUAGUUAAGUGUUUCUCUAUGUUAAGUAUUUGAUGCACCUUUGUCGACAUCUUUUUAUCA